AAAUUUGGAGUGCAAUGAGGACCAACUUAUUCUUCUUUUCUUUCUGCCUUGGUAUGUUUGUUGCCUAUGAGUUCUUCUAAGCUAUGUACCGUUUCGAUUUGAUGCUUCCGGGAUCUAAACAUGAGUUUAUGUUGCUGAAGAAUCUGAUGGAGGAAAAGCAAUUGAACUUCAACCGGCCGCUUCUAUCCCUAAGGCGAUUUCCAUCUACUGUAAGCACAGAGACAGAUGAAAAAAAGAGGACCGGUAAGUCCCUCCCCAAUGUACGCUGCCUUCCUUGUUACAGACCGGAACUGAAAUCUGGUCCAGUGAGGAUCCCGGGAACUGUUCCUUUUGUUUGGGAACAGUAUCCGGGGAGACCCAAGGCCAAGGCCGAAAGCCACACUCAAACUCGCUCUCCUAUCAUCCCCAAGCCUCCGCCCGGGAGAGUUUUGAAGGCUAAACCGACAGUUCCUGGAAACAUUUAUGAAAAACAAGUCGUUUCAUCGGUAGGAGAGAAUGCAGUGGAAGAAAAGGAGUGUUCUGAUUCAGGAGAUGGCGGCAAGGCGCAUGUAGAUGCACGCAAUACACUUCAGCCUACCGGAGUUGCCACUAACGAAAAGAGAUCAAUUAUGUGUGCAACCCUGAAAAUGGAGCCGUAUGAGUUCAGGGAUGCGGUGAUAGAUCAUUCCAUCCAAGGUCGUUACCGGAGUAAUUCUCAGAAUUUGGUAGGGUCGUCUCUCUACAUGCGUCUACAGGGUCGUGGCGUAUCACUCCCGGAGAAUGAAUUUCCUCAAUCCAGGUUUUUUGAAGAAGAAAUAUUUAUUCAUGGGAGUUAUGGCUUCGCCUCACCAAAAAGAUCUAACAGCUUUCGGGAGGCAGAGAAAACUGCGUAUGUAGAUUUUCUACAUAAGGUGGUAUCUCUGAAGUCGAAUUCGUUUUCUUCAGAUGGGACAGGAUUACCCAACUCAAUAAAUUGCGAUUCGGAGAUUACUGCAAGAGUUACAGAUGAGGAACUGAUAUUGCUGAGUAAAAGAUUGAAUCAUGCUGAUCCCAGUGUACUGUCUUCCUCUUGCAAAUCAGAUCAGGAAGCGGGGAGGGAACUGCUAAAGGGAUUCGGACAAGAUCAAUAUAUAUCUCAGACGUCAACUGUUUCUGUGAAUCCAGAACUGCCCAACAACGGUUACGUGGAUUUUGAAGAUAAGCAGCGGCUUCCAAAAGUUGGAAAUGUGAAAAUUUGUCGAGGAAUUGAUUCACAGUUGCCUGUUCUCCCUCCUCUACCCAAAUCUCCAUCGGAGUCUUGGCUUUGCCAUACGUUAUCCAACAUGCCUUCAAGAGAUUCAUCUUUGCGUUCGCACCUUGGAACGCGAAUGAAUUCUCGACACUAGGCAUCAAAUAAACCAUGUUUAUCCUACGUGUAGGAACGAUUGCGAAAACCACAAAUGUGAAGCACCAGCCCUUGCGGUCUUGUGAGGAACCAACAAAAGCUGUUUCAGAAACAGGGCGUCGAAGCCAGUAGAGGAGCUUUUAGCUCUGCAUUUGGUUUGGUUGGAAAACCCAUUACUUCAAUGGGUUAUUAACUGUGUACAGGCAUUCUCACCCCAUACCUUUAAGUGGUACAAGGGGUUGGCUACUGUAAAAUGCAGUAUCCAUUUGGCCAUUUCCCUUGUAACCAACAGCAGAUGUGUAUUGUCUUUAUAAAGGACAUCCAUUUGUUAAACUUCAAAUCUAUUCAUUUUACGUAGCAA